ACGACACAAUAAUGUACCACACGUCGUACGCCGCGCCGCACUGUUUAUGAAACGCAUAUACCCAGUAGUGCUCACGCAUUGUGACGAUUUGUCUACAAUUCAAGAGUGGUCUCGUUACUCCGCGACGACGAUUGCUACUGCGAAACGUAAGGAAAAGGAGCACUCUGCGAUGAAGCUCGAUGACGAAGCCUUUUCCUUCGAUAUAAUUGGCCAACCCGAUCUGGAUUUCAGUACUUGUGAAUAUCUCGGAACCUACGCAGAUAUGGGCAUGGGAACAGGUGCAGCGGGUGGUCCUGUCUUGGCUCUUCCCGGUCCAGGAGUCAACGCCGCCCUUUCGCAAACAUGCGCCAUAUGCAGCGAUCGCGCCACGGGGAAGCAUUACGGCGCUGCAUCCUGUGAUGGCUGCAAGGGUUUCUUCCGCCGAUCUGUUAGAAAGAAUCAUCAGUACACGUGCAGAUUCCAAAGGAAGUGUCCGAUCGACAGAGACAAGCGAAAUCAAUGCAGGUACUGUCGAUUACGGAAAUGCUUCAGAGCCGGCAUGAAGAAAGAGGCCGUACAAAACGAAAGAGACCGGAUAAGUUGUCGGCGACCUAGCAACGAAGAUCCGCCUGAUAAGAAUAAGGGCCCAUCGAAGGAGGAUGUGAUGAAGGCGGAUGCUCGCGCCGAAAUGCUCAGCAAACAAGUUGGCGGGUUAGAGCUUCAGCAGCCAGACAGUCCAAACGGCGAAAUUGAUCUCAGCACGAAACGAAUAGCUGGGAUAAACGACGUGUGCGAUAGCAUGAGGGAGCAACUAUUGAUCCUGAUUGAGUGGGCUAAGUGUUUUGACGAAUUCAAAGCGCUGUCACUGGAUGACCAAGUAGCGUUACUGAGGGCCCAUGCAGGCGAACACCUGUUGCUGGGGGUGGCCAGGCGUAGUAGAAAUUUCACAGACGUGCUACUGCUCGGCAACGAUUGCAUCAUCAUGAGGAAUUGUCCUGUAAUAUCGUUGCAAUUUGUAGAAGGAAGCAAUCAGCAGGACAAUCUGGACAUCAGCAAGGUGGGCAUCAGGGUGAUGGACGAGCUGGUGAAACCGUUUCAGAAGAUCAAGAUUGACGACACGGAGUUCGCUUUUCUCAAAGCCAUCGUGUUCUUUGACCCGAACGCGAAAGGAUUGAGCGAUCAGAAGACGGUCCGAGAGCUGCGCCACAACAUCCAGAUAAAGCUCGAGAAUCACAUCAGCGAUCACCGUUGCGAUUUGCCAGGUCACUUUGGCGAUAUUUUGUUAAUGUUACCAGCUCUGCAAUCGAUUUCAUGGCAAAUGGUCGAGCAAAUCCAAUUUGUGAGACUGUUCGGGGUAGCACACAUCGAUAAUUUACUUCAAGAAAUAUUCUUGGGUGGCACUACAUCGGAGAUAAACGGUACUGCUACCCCUUUACCAAUCUCGAACACCGCGCCGGGCAGUUACAUGAGCAGCAAUGAGAGCCCCAGCAGUCCCUUGACGCCAACGAAUACUGGUGACUUGAGCCCACAAACCGAUCAGAUGCCCGUCAUGAUUCUGAGGGAUCUCACGCCAAAUCAGGACUUCAGAUACUUCAAACAGGAACCCAGUCUCGAGCCCGAGACCAGCUUUUGACUAGCUUGGGGAACUGAGCUCACCGUUGGAUAGCCAACAACGUUCUGCUCAAAAAUUGUUGCUCAAUUAACAAAACAGCUCGUAUUAUGUUAGUCAAAUCAAAUGUGAUUUUUGACGUUGAUCCGAAAAAUAAGAUGAGGGAAAGAGACGAAAAAUCGAUACAUAUUGUAUGCAACGUGUGAGAGGAGUUAGCGCGAAAAUAUUCAGAUUUAUGCGACUUUAAUUUAACGGCUCAGCAGUAGUCACGUUUUCUAGUUGCGGUUCAUGAUUAGCCAAAGCCCGUUCACUUGUAUAGAUAACGAUUGAUCGCUGAUCAAGAUAAAUGUGAUAAGCGAUAAAAUCGUAUCUUACUACUAUAUUUUACUUGCUACUGUCGCGACAGUAUUCAAUCAUUUCUAAAAGGCUAGAAAACAAAACUAACAUAUGUACUGCAAUAAUAAUCGUGCAAUUGACAAUAAUAAUCCCUAGGUAGCAUUAAACAUUCUCAAAAUUCCAACUAGCCAAGUCUGCUGAAAUAGUUUUAUCAAAGCAUCAAAUUUUGUCAGUGAGAAGGUUACAAAUUUGAUGUAGAAUCUGUUACAUCAGAUGCUCGCGUUAGAACACCACAAAAAUGUAACUGCAACAUUGCACAGAAAUGUUCUAUGCUAUCUUGGUCAUUAGCGAUUAAUUUGGAGCAGCAGAGACUGAAACCGAUGCAAUAUUGUGAUGGAUUUCUGUUUAGUAUGGAAAAAGAGGAUUCCUAGCCUUAUCAUAAUUGAUGCAGCAUUUUUAUUGUGUAAUUAAUAUCGAUAAGGACCGAUUUAUUUUUCUGUGUCUUAUGAUAUCGGAAUUCGAAUUCACCGAAAUAAUAUAUCGGUUUCAAACUCUGAUUUAGGGAAUAAAAAGUAAGGUCAUAUCCGAUUAUUAUAUUUUUAUACGUAAAAUUAAGCCUGCAAAUCGAGUUAAGUAAACGAAAAUAAUAGGCAACAUCAAACAUUGAUGUUACGAGAAAUAUAUAUACGUAUAUUUUUUUCUACUAUUCUGUUUAGUCCGAAUCGGAUGAACAGCAUUGUAGUUUGUGAUGUAAUGUAAAUAGCAUGAUGCAGCAAUGUAUAAUAAUGUGUAUAACAUUCCAAGUAUGAUAUAGCUGUAUCGAUAUAAACGUUAUAGAUAGUCUUAAAAUAGCUGAUGGGACGCGCUAACGUAAUCAUCGAAUGCGGGUCCCCUGCAAAAUGAAAAGUGCGCCAUUGCAAUGCAAUUUACCGUUAGUAUCAGUAGUGAUGAAGAGUGCACAGGUGUUGGCCAUUUUGUGAGUGUGAAUGUUGAGCGCGCGGUAAGCCAGCACAACGGCUGUACCCAAUAAAAAAAAAAGUGGCUAGUGCAUCUUAUCGGUGUUAGUCUUUAGUCUCAUUUUAAAAUGUCUGCAAUAUUGACAUAUAUGGCCGGAUAGAAAGCAAUAGCAUAAUAAACGGAUAAUAAAUAAUAUUAACGAGAUAAAGAAGUAUAAUAAAUAUAGAGUAGUGUAAUAUGAAUAAUACAAAUACAUGUUUAUUGUAUAAAUUAACAUGCAUUGAUCGCAUGGUGAUUUUAGUUGUAAUUAUUACGCGAGAACAAUUGUGAAUCAUGAGAAAAUAUGACGAACUAGCGAAUCGCUUCUAUAUCGAAAGUAUUCGAUUUGAGAGGCUAUUAAGAAUAAGCCUUGAUCUAAACAAAAUUUAUACAAUAUAUGUAUAGAU